UAGCCACGUCGAUUUAGUAGUAAUCAUUUGAACGCGGAGGUGAUACGAUCCUAGUAGAAAUGUACUCAAUCAGUGUUCUUGUGUCAGUUGUGUUUGGUGCAAUCGCUGCGAGUGCCUUUAUUGUCACACAAACUUUAGAUUUCGCGGUUGAUUCUUCAGAUGCCCAGUUAACAACUGUAGAAUUGAUUUCCAAAUACGGCUACCAGGCUGAGAUCCACCAAGUUCAAACGGAAGAUGGUUAUCUGUUGGAGAUGCAUCGUGUAUCCGGAAAUAGUCGAGCUGCAGCUGAUCCAAAUCGACCACCGGUGUUUUUGAUGCAUGGUUUGUUAGCUUCUUCCGCUGAUUUUGUUUUGGUUGGGCCCAGUCAUGCUCUGGUUUAUCAGCUCAGUGAUCUUGGCUACGACGUUUGGCUUGGAAAUGCUCGCGGUAACAGAUAUUCAAGGAAACAUGUCAACUUGACGGCGAAUAUGAAUCAGUUCUGGAACUUUUCUUGGCAUGAGAUUGGAAUCUACGAUCUACCGGCUAUGAUUGAUUACGUACUGAGUUACACUGGAAAACAAAAGCUGCAUUAUCUCGGCCAUUCGCAAGGAACAACCUCUUUCUUCGUAAUGACUUCGAUGAAACCAGAAUACAAUGACAAAAUUGUACUUAUGCAAGCAAUGGCUCCCGUUGCAUUUAUGGAACAUAUGAGCAGUCCCCUGCUGAAGUUUUUCGUAGACAAUCUGCCGAUGAUUUCGACCAUCAUCGACCUUUUCGGGAUGGGCGAGUUCCAACCACUUCCCAGUGUCCUGGUAGAACUGGCUAAAUAUAUUUGUCCAUCGUCGCAGAGCAAUAACCUUUGUGUUAAUGUGCUCUUCCAGCUGACCGGUGAUGAUCCAGAUCAAAUUGACCCCGAAAUCCAAGUUGUAUCUGCGAAAAAGAUUCUUAUCUACAAACAAGUGUUCCGACCAGCGAUUAUGUAUGCAGUUCCGAUUUGGUCUAGCCUAGGGUUACCAGAUCCCACAGCACGAAAAAGAGUACAUUGAUAUCAUUUAUACAAAAAGUCAGGAGAAACGAAUAAAUUCCGGAUUUUUGAGCUCCCAGCCAUCAGGUUGAUAAAAAAAAUAACAUGAUCCAUUUAAUUAUCAAGCUUUGCGCCCGGAAGGUAUGCAAAACAGUAGGAAAACGAUGUACAUAUUUCGUACUAUCAGAGAAAACCCCGACUUCCUUGAAUAUGCGGGGUUCUACUGUAAUUAGAAACCGAGAUAUCUCAAUUCAAUCAAAUUCUUUCAAUUUGUUGAGGUUAUGCAAAAGUUGAUUAUUCGAAAAGAUAGCAGUAUAAAACGUUAUAAAAGAAUAUAAAUUUCCAUUAUUUUUAUUGACGCGUACAUUUCCUUUACACUCAUUAUUUGAGAUUUGUGCGCAUAUAAGCAUACUACCUAAACUUUGAUUACUGUUUGCAUACUCAAAGGCGCUUUUAUUACGAUCAUAUAUGCAUGAUAAUGAAAACAAGAUGUUAAAGUAGGUAAUUUGUUGUGAGCUGUUAUCCCUUUCGUAGUUUUUGCAUAAAAUAUUAUACAACCUCAUAAAAUGAAAGAUAUACAUAAGUUUUUCUGAUAAAAUGUCUUUCAACAAAAAAAAACAGUACAUUUGGUGAAAUUUCACAAAAAGAAGAGUACGCCCAUUUCUCGAUCGAAAAAGAGUACAUGUACUCUUAAAAGAGUACGUAUGGUAACCCUAGUCUAGCCGCUGCGCGACGAGGAAGAAAGCCAUCCAGAGGAUUCAGAAAAAGGUUCUGAAAAUGAUUUUGCCAACAAAAUCAUCUCCAACUUCAGAGGAAAAUCGAUGCAGUCUUCCAUCGCAGAGAUUCGUUCUCUUCACAAUUAGUUUAAUUUUAGGAUAGAUUUUAAUUUUAGGUUUAAAA